CAUGUGUGUAUGUGUGAGAGAGCAGCACAGAGCAGGAGAGCGGGAGAGACGUGUGUGUGUGUAAGCGGAGUGUGUGAGCGCGAAGCACCGGGGAUCCUGAGCCUGGAGGGGUGCCGUGUGACCAGAGAGAGGGGCUCUUCUGCCUGUGGAUGUAUGUGCCAGGACAGCGGGGCUUUUUUUCCCUUUCUUUUUUUGCAGGCGAGCGUACAUGUGCGUGAAUGUGUGUGUGAGUGAGAGACAGGGAGUGUGGGCAUGCCAGCGUGCGUAUGUGUAACAGUGUCGUCGAUCAGCGGCGAGCUCUUCGCAUUAUGCAGCCGACGGUGCUCAUCACACUUUGAGGACUGACUCAUCUUAGACCCCGGCUGUGGAGACAGAAGAGACCACAGAGAGAGGAAGACCGAUGGAUGCAAAGACAGGAGGGCAGUUUUAGGCUCUUGAUGCUAUUAGGUCCCCCUAGACCGUCCAAAGGUCUAGUCCAUUUGUGGGACACCAGCAGCUUCACACCGGCCCCCCUUGUUCCCCCUCAAAUUGGAAUUGCUGACACAUAGCCAGACAGGUAGCCAAAAUUGCCAAAAAAUAACCUGAAAGGAAAAUACAUCCCCUGUCAUCGUUAGACUUGCAGGAAGGUUUUCAAUUCAUUUCUGAUCCACGGAGUAGGACAAGAGGGUCUCCUGACACUGCGGGGUCUUUUUUUCACUUGACAUCGUUCUCUUUACUGGGGGGAGGUUGCAGGAUCCUAUCCCGGGCACCGAGGGGGGGGGGGGAUAAGAGGCUGGCAGACGAGACGGGACGGACGCAGGCAUGGCUCGCCUCAACUGGUGCCUGGCUGCCGUCGUCAGCUGGGGCAAGUUCCUCUUCGCCUGCUUCUUCCCUCUGCGGGGGGCCAAGCGAGACAAGCCCGACGAGCUGGAGGGCGUCCACACACACACCUUCAAGCUGAAGCCAUUCAAGAAGGCCAAGAGCUGUGAUAUAUGCAAGCAGGCCAUCACCAAGGAGGGCCUCAUCUGCAAAGCGUGCCGGUUGUCCCUCCAUAGAAAAUGUGAAGGGAAGGUCACCACAUCAUGUCAACUAACUACCAACUAUGAUCUGCCUCCCACUCCUCAGCUGGCACUAAAGCAUGUAGAUACACCGGGAUCUACGAGGUCCUGCAAGAGUGUGGAGAUAUUGCGAAAGCAGUCGCGGAGUCAGAGUGUGGUUCCGGCCAUGGAGGAGAGCUAUGAGGUCGACCUGGUCUACAUCACAGAGAGGAUCAUCUCUGUCUGUUUCCCCGCCGGCGCCGAGGAACGCAGCUACACCACCAACCUCAAGGAGGUGGCAACGAUGCUGCGGUCCAAACAUGGCGAGCACUAUCUGAUUCUCAACCUGAGCGAGUGGAGCAGUGACUUAUCAAAUGUAAACCCUAAGGUUGUGGAGUUUGGCUGGCCAGACCACCAUGCACCGGCGCUCGACAAGAUCUGCAGCAUGUGCAAGGCCAUCGACACGUGGCUCAAUGGAGACCCACGCAACGUAGUGGUGCUGCACAACAAGGGGAACCGAGGUCGAACAGGGGUGGUGGUGGCUGCGUACAUGCACUACAGCAACAUAUCCGCAAGUGCUGACCAGGCGUUGGACAGGUUUGCUAUGCGGCGCUUCUACGAGGACAAAGCACUUCCUGUGGGCCAGCCAUCACAGAUACGGUAUGUGCGAUACUUCAACGGACUUCUUUCUGGACACAUAAAAAUCAACAACAAGCCUCUGUUCCUGCAUCACGUCAUCAUGCAUGGCAUACCCAACUUUGAGUCCAAAGGAGGCUGCCGUCCUUUCCUGAAGAUCUACCAGGCGAUGCAACCGGUCUAUACGUCAGGAAUAUACAAUGUGCAAGGAGACAGCAACACAAGUAUCUGCAUCACCAUUGAGCCCGGCCUGCUUCUGAAGGGAGACAUCCUGUUGAAGUGUUACCACAAGAGGUACAGGAACUCCACCAGGGAUGUGAUGUUCAGGGUGCAGUUCCACACCUGCGCCAUCCACGACCUCGGGGUGGUGUUCGGGAAGAACGAGCUGGACGAUACCUUCAAAGGUAACGGCUCUCUGGACGAGAGGUUCCCAGAGUAUGGAAAGGUGGAGUUUGUUUUCUCAUAUGGACCAGAAAAAAUCAAAGGCCUUGGCCACCUGGAGAACGGGCCAAGUGUCUCUGUGGACUACAACACCCAGGACCCUCUGAUCCGCUGGGACUCGUACGAGAGCUUCACCCAGCGCUGCGAGGACACGGCGGAUGGUGAGCACGGUAUGUCCUCUCUCUCACACACACACACACACAAACGCACAAGUACACAGUUUGAUGGAUUAGUUGUCUCCACUCAUCCACAGCGUUAUCGCCUCAAACUAAAUUUUACUUCACAAAUGAACAAAUAUGAGCUAUGUUCAGUAUCACUAAUCCACAUACAGGUUUCAGAGCCACACUUAAAAUUCAGUGCACAUAAAUCCAAUUCCUCAGUCACCGCCAGCUCAAGAUCUCUGGCUUUGAUGCACUCUGCAUUCAACUGAAGAGAAGAUCCAUCUGUCUUCCUGCUCCUCAAACCGCCUCUCCUCCUCUAAGCAAUACAGCCUUCCCCC